AGAAAAUCAUUGAAUUGUGCACCACCAGCUACUACUACGUAUCCCAUGAAGCACCGCGGCGAGACAGCGAGCAUCCGGCGACCCAGUCUGACUCCGAACAGGAAAAAUUAGGCGAGAGGGUCAUUUGGUUUAACAGUCGGCAACCGCACCGGUCUAAAGAACAAAACUAAACCAUGCUGCUUCGUAAAGUGAGCCAGUCAAACGCACUGUGCCGCACCAUUUUCAGGGUCCCUCCCGUGUUGUCUGGAGGUCAUGCCGGUGCUGUGGUUGCUGUGCAAAAUGCCCGCUUCUACGCAAGCCAAGCAGCACAGGCCGUUCUGGAGAAGCCAGCAGCUGUCAGCAGUGAUGCUGCCACAAAAGUGGAGAAGAAGACUGAUGUUUCUGCUGAAUCCAAAUCAUUUGCUGUGAACAUUUUUAAGGGCCAAGUCCAGACUGCCCAGGUGUUUCCCUACCCCUCAGCCCUGAACGAGGAGCAGGAGCAGUUCCUUCGAGAGCUUGUGGGUCCUGUCGGCAAAUUUUUCGAGGAGGUGAAUGAUCCCGCCAAGAAUGAUGCCUUGGAGAAGGUAGAGGAUCACACCAUGCAGGGCCUGAAGGAGAUGGGUGCCUUUGGCCUGCAGGUGCCAGCUGACCUGGGUGGCCUCGGCCUCUCAAACACUCAGUAUGCCCGGUUGGUUGAGAUUGUUGGCAGUCAUGACCUGGGCGUUGGCAUCACUCUGGGUGCCCACCAGUCCAUCGGCUUCAAGGGCAUUCUGCUUUUUGGGAAUCAGGCCCAAAAAGAGAAGUACCUGCCCAAGCUUGCCACAGGUGAGCAUGUUGCUGCCUUCUGCCUGACUGAACCAGCCAGCGGCUCUGAUGCUGCCUCCAUCAAGACCUCAGCUGUUCAGUCCCCCUGCGGAAAGUACUUCACUCUCAAUGGAGGCAAGAUCUGGAUCAGCAAUGGAGGUCUGGCUGAGAUCUUUACAGUGUUUGCCAAGACGCCCAUGAAGGAUCCCAAGACUGGGGAGAUGAAAGACAAGAUCUCGGCCUUCAUUGUGGAGAGGAGCUUUGGAGGAGUGUCGCACGGUCCUCCGGAGAAGAAAAUGGGCAUCAAGGCGUCCAACACAGCUGAGGUCUAUUUCGAUAAUGUUCGGGUGCCAGCCGAUUGCUUGCUGGGUGAGCUUGGCGGAGGUUUCAAGGUGGCCAUGAACAUUUUGAAUAACGGACGAUUUGGCAUGGCAGCCGCCCUCUCCGGCACCAUGAAGGGAGUCAUCGCCAAAGCUGUGGAUCAUGCAGCCAACAGAACCCAGUUUGGGAAUAAGAUCCACAACUACGGAACCAUUCAGGAGAAGGUGGCUCGCAUGGCCUUGCUGCAGUAUGUCACUGAGUCAAUGGCCUACAUGAUCAGUGGCAACAUGGACAGUGGAGCAACGGAAUUUCAGAUUGAAGCUGCCAUCAGCAAGAUCUUUGCCUCAGAAGCCGCAUGGUCAGUGACUGAUGAGUGCAUUCAGGUUAUGGGCGGCAUGGGUUUCAUGAAGGAUCCUGGAGUGGAGAGAGUGAUGAGGGAUCUGAGAAUUUUCCGAAUCUUUGAGGGCACCAACGACAUAUUGAGGCUCUUCGUUGCCCUCAAUGGCUUCCAGAACGCUGGCAACCAGUUGAAGAGCCUGCAGAAGGCCCUGAAGAAUCCCAUUGGUAAUGCUGGGUUGCUUGCAGGAGAAAUCACCAAGAGAGCCAAAAGGAAGGCAGGUUUGAGCACAGGUCUGACACUGCAGGGGACUGUACAUCCAGAGCUGGCACGGAGCGGUGAACUGACCACUAAAGCCAUUGAACAGUUUGGGGGGGUUGUUGAGGAGCUGCUGAUCAAACAUGGCAAGAAGAUCAUAGAUGAACAGUUUGUACUGAAGAGAGUGGCAGACGUUGCCAUUGACCUCUACGCCAUGGUGGUCGUCCUGUCCAGGGCCUCACGCUCUCUGAGCCAGGGCACUGCCUCCGCUCAGCAUGAGAAGAUGCUGUGUGAGACCUGGUGUAUGGAGGCCCAUGACAGAGUCAUGCGAGACGUCCAGGCUCUGCGCUCCAGUGACUCCAGACAGCUCUAUAAGAACAUGCGGGCCAUCUCUGCAGCCAUGGUGGAGAACGGAGGAGUGGUGUCCGCUCACCCUCUGGGUUUCUAAACGCACCACACUCCACACAUCUCCAUGACUGCUUUGGUUUUUUUUUUCUCCACUCUUCUGAAACUCUAACCCGGUUGUCACAUAUGCCAAGUCUAAGACUGUAUCAACUUUAUUGCCAUAAUUGCUCCAUCCACACGUCGUUGCUGCUUUAUCUGAGUUUUCAUUUCCGGAGUUGUGUCUUCAACCUGGGGAUGAAUUAUUUAUAAUUUUUACACAAAAAUAGUCACAAUUUGAAAACUACUGUCCCAUCAUUGUGAGUUAUCGCAGCUGCAAUAGAUUCGGAUGUCUUCGUGAAUCUGUUUUUCAGUCACAUAUUUGUUUCAUUCCGGCUCAAGACCUCCAGAAUUUUGAGUGGAGUUGGCAUUUUGAGCUGGAGUUUUUAUCUGUAUAAAAUAAAAAUAAAUCAAAUACAUCUGCAUGACAGAAAAGUCACUCAACCCCACAACCACCCACAUCUAAAACGGCUGAUCACUGAAUGUCUCGAACGCGUACGCGGAGCUUGUACAUUUACAUUAUGUCAGCCUUCUUGUAGCUGACUGAAUGAUCUGGGUUUUUUUUUUUUUUUCGGAAACAUUAAGUUAUAGUGUUAUUGUUGAAAAAUAAAUAUGACAUCAAUGCAACUUUGAGAUAGGAGGCCAGUUAACACGGGGAGCUUUGAACUAAUCUGUUUUAAGUGAUUUAUACACAGAGUUAUUUCAAACGGCAGUGUUUGUCCUCCUUAGUUUGUACAUUCAUUUACAUUGUGUUCAGGUAUAUAUAACGGUGUGGUGUUAAUGUGUUUUAAUGCCUUUCUGCAUGUUUAUUAAGGUCACUCGGUGCCGAUCACAAAAACAAUAAUGUCAGGAGCAAAAAUCUUUGCCUUACAAACCGGUUCUCAGAUGCUGUUCAGAGUUCCUGCUGUGACUUGAAUGAAACGCAUAGCUUUCACCUGUGUUGUUGUUGUUGUUGUUUUCUUUUCUUUUAAUGUAUGACUGUUUAGUUUUUCAGCCACAGGUAGCAGGUUCCAUUAACUGUAAUUGUUCAAAAUCGUACAUCCAUCUGCGUACCUGAGAUUUGUAAGAAGCCAUUUCUUGUACAAUAAAUACUUUAUAUCUCGUGUA